AUGUGCUCCUCGCCCACCCAGGUAUGGCUCUGCACGACGUUGAUCAUCUGGCUGGUCCUGUCGGUGAUUCGGGAGGUUUUCGACUUGAUCGGACGUCUGUGGGUACCGGUGGCCUUCAAUUUGUUCCAGGUAAUUUAAUUUCUUUUGUUCAAAAUAUUGGGAAUUAGAUGAUUGACGGGUGGGAACUGGAAUUUUGUAAUAAGAAGGGGUGGUUGUUGACCUCUAUUUUUAAUAAAGUUUGAAUAUAAGUAAAAAUCUUACUGUAAAAUAAGCAACGAUGUUUUUGCAAAAAAGAACUUAUGUCGUUUCAGAUUCUGUCAUGUAUAUCAGGGAUGUUUGCCAUUUCAUCACGCCGAAUGACCCUUCUCUUAUUACUGUCACUUUCAUCGAUUCUUUCAUCAGGAUACAACGUCCUUCUUAUUCUAUGGUAUUAUGAUAUCAUCAAGGGAUUUCCCCGUCUCCUAUCAGCUGGAUUGCCUUUUGGCCAGAGUUUCUUUGUAAGGCAUACUCCUGGCUGCGAGACUUUUUUCAAUUUGACUACAUCCCAAUGGAAUCAGAGGCCCUGUAGUGUUCCGUAUUACAAUGCGGAAAGUUUCCAAGCAGUUAUCCACAUUUUGUUGGCAAUAAUGACAUUUCUGUUCUCAAUUGUCUUAAUGGUCGAAAGAAAGAUAAAUCCAAGGCAAAAGACGAAUGAAGAUAGGAAGAUCAACAAGUUGGAUACCAAGGAGAUCGGUUACAGUUAUAUGAACACGUCGUAUGACAGUCCGAAGCCUUCUGAUACCAAAAAAGUAUGCUUUAUUUAAGGGUUUUACUUGUAACUUUAAAGUUUAAAAACUAAAUUAAUUACCAAUUCAGGAAGCCAUCCAGAAGAAGAGAGCCGUGGACAAAAUUGAGACUGGAAGCCUCGAGGAUCAGAUUUCAAAAUUCCAGGAUGAAUAUGCCAGGAUGGAUAUGGGCCGGAAGUCAAAGUCUCGUUCAGAAUACUUAACUCCAGAGAAUCUGAACAAUGAUUUUAUUAAUAAUCAAGCUGAAAGAUUGGCGAAUCAUUCGAAUAACCUGGAGAUCAAAAAGAUGCCGAAACCACUCUCCAAUGGAAACUUAACCGCCCUCAUUAGCUUCGACCCCAAAAGUAAGGACAUCCUCAAGGUCAGCGAGCAUCAGAACGAUUCGGAGGACGAGGCUGAUUUCGGAAAAUAUUCAAGUUUUAGAAAUCGAAAUGAGAGCCAGGUAAAUUGAUAAAGCAAGAUUAGUAUCGGAAAUGAUGACUUGAUUAAUUUCUAUCGCCAUUCCAGAGUUCAACCCCAUCCAUCCAAGCUCCAGUUUUGUCACCUUUUCAUCGCCCAGACCCAGAUUCGGGGCAUCCAUCGUCAUCGCCGAGUGAUUGGACCACCGAAUUCUCCGUUUCGUCGCCGCCACCGAUGAUGAAAUUUUCCCUGGAUGAACAAAAACACUUCAUCUCUCCACUGAGUGACUUCACAAAGGUUUGUUUUUAUAACAGUAUGGCUUAUGGUUGUGUCUAGACGAGGUUAAAUUUAAUUUCGGUUACGUAGCGAGUAGAUGAAUGUUCGAGUAAAUUGAUUUUAUGUUAUUAUUUUUAUUGGUGUUAUUGCAGGACUCGUCGGAAUAUAGACGUCUUUCAAAUCAAGCCAAUCCAAGGCUGAAUGUAAUUCCAAGUCAAAAUCAAAAGAGAUUACGGAGAUCGAUGCCAGACAAUAAGAUGACUGUACUCUCGAAUCAAGAGAUGCCUCCACUAACACUGAAUGUCGUCACUUCUGAACAUUAUCCCUCCUCUAUCCCCGAGUCCACUUCAUUCGACACCACGGAGCAUUUGGUGACGUCAUUCCCGGUGAAGCCAAAAAGACAACUGGUGGACACCAGUUUGGCUACGCAGUUGCCAUUGUUAAGACCUCAGGGAAAAAGCCGGACACGUCCCGUUUCUGAUGACCAACUGCCCCCGCCAUUGGAAUUGGACUCCAGUCUGCAGAAGUUUAUGAAUUCAGAUAAUGGACUCCUAGUGUAA